GGUCACACUUUACCUUUUGUCUUUGAUUAAACCGGCACAUCGCACAUCUAUUCGUUUAUUGUUUCAAAAACCACUGCAUUUUGCUAUAUUUGCAAAGAUCUCACUUGUUGUUGAUGGUGUAUUUGUUAAUACCUACGCAGGCAACAUGAAAACCGACUUAUUGGCCCAGACUACCGACGAUGCAGGUGCAUCGGACGCAACUUCGGAGUAUUCAUUGCUCAGUUCCGAAUCGCCUGAUGGCGAAAAUAUGGAGAAACUGAGGGAAAAGAUUAUAAACCAAGACGUUAUAAUCCGUGAUUUUGAGACAAAACUGACAGAAGCUGAAAAAAAUAUUAUAAAUCAGAACGAGAAGAUCAAGAUUUAUGAAGCUACAAUUAAGGACAAGAAUGAUUUGAUCGAAUUGAUGAAAGAAACCAAAGAAUUCGCGAUUAAACAGUUAAAAAAUGAAAACGCUUUCUUACAAAUCGCUCUCGAUUUCAGCAAGAAUCCAACUUCAAACAAAAACGACGCAAAUGCAGCAGAUUCAGCUGAAUUUGAGAAGAAAUCAACUGAGAUUGCAGAUUUCCAGACUCUGCAGAAGCAAUUAAAGGAAAUCCAGUCUCAAAAUGAAGCUCUUAAAUAUACUGUAUGUCAGUUGAAGUCAAGAAAUUUUAAACUAAAAUCAAAGCUGGAUGAAAAUAUUAGGGAAAUGAACACCCUGGAAGCAAAAUCAGCUACGGAUGCAGAAGAGUUAAGAGCUAAGAUUGCUGAACUAGAAAAGAACGCUGAAAUAUAUAGGGUAAAGUCCGAAGAAAAGAACGCUAUGCUUGCGGAAGGUGCGUCAAAUGCUAUAAAUUCCCAAGUAACAGAUGCACCAUUUGUUUUACUAAACCAUUCGAAAGUGCCCAAUAUAAAAUUCAUUAAAAUCGGGGACGAAGACAAGCCGGCAAUAGUUGAAAAUAUUCCCACUUUGGGUACCGAUUGGAUAGUAAUUCUGCGUCGCUUUGAUGGGAGUGUCGACUUUUCUAAAUACUGGAGCAAUAGCGUUGGUGACUUAUCCGGGGAAUUCUGGAUUGGUUUUAAAUCAAUUCACAAACUGACCUCAAGUGUCCGACACGAAUUGUACAUUCAACUCGAGGACUUUGAUGGCGUGACAGCUUACGCCAGAUAUGAUAACUUCGUUGUUGGAAACUUUGAGGAGAACUAUAUCCUGAAGUCUUUAGGUUAUUAUUCGGGAAACGCUGGCGAUGCUUUGCGGAGUCAUGUUAAAUCCAAAAUGAAUUAUAAGGAAUUUGAUAAGAAAUGGCGUUACUGGUGGUUCUCGAACAAUAAUGAAUGUUGCUUGACUGGUGAAUAUAAAAAAUCGAAAGAAGCACUGACAAGCGAGUUGGGCAUGUACUGGGGAAAUUGGAAUUUGGGAAAGCGUUAUCCUCUGAAGGCCUGCAAAAUGCUAAUAAGACCCUACCCGAAAUAAGCUUUCAUUUUGUAAUCUGUUUUCAAUGUUAAAUUCAAAUAAACUUAAUAUUAUUUAAUAUAAGGGAAAA